GCGUUGCGCAUGCGCAGAGUGGCGGCCGAGGCGGGAGCGGGGAGACAGGCGCACGUGUGGGGCCGGGCAGCCGUUGGAGACGGCGGUUGCGGGCUGUGCUGUGUGGGGAGGAAAGAGAUCGGCCCCACCUCAUAGCAGCUGCUGACCCUCACCGCCAUGGUCGUCUUCACGUGCAACGCGUGCGGGGAAUCCGUGAAGAAAACACAGGUUGAAAAGCACGUGAACAUUUGCAGACACUGUGAGUGCCUCUCUUGCAUGGACUGUGGCAAGGAUUUCUGGGGUGAUGACUAUAAGGACCAUGUGAAGUGUGUAACCGAAGAUGAGAAGUAUGGUGGAAAAGAUUUUGAAGCCAAAACUAGUAAAGGAGAUGCUAAACAACAGGAGUGGCUUCAGAAAAUUCAUGAAGUAAUGAAGAAACCCAAUAUAAACCCUAAAGUGCGGAACAUUUUGGAGCAAAUGCGUUCCUUUGGUAAUAUUCCAAGAAAAAAAGUAAAAUUUCAGAACUGGAUGAAGAACAGUUUGAGAGUUACUGACAGCACUUUGCAAAAUCAGGUGUGGGAUAUUUUUUCUGAAGCAACUGGAGAUGUGUCAAGUAGAAAAGAACACGACAAACCACAACAGAAGGAUGGAGUACAGUUUGCAGAAAGUGGGCAGAAAACAAUGGCAGAAGAAAACGGCGUUACAGAUGGUAAAACCGAGCGGAAAAAGAGUAAGAAAGAACGAAAAGAAGAGAGACAAAAGAACAAUAAGAAGGAGAAAAAAGAUUUGAAAUUAGAAAGUCAGCCUGUGAGCUCAGAAACAAAAAAGAAUAAGAAGUCCAAAAAACAGAAGGAUUGCUUGGAGAAUGAAUUUGAAAUGAAUGGAAAUGGCCAUCAGAAUGAAACAGAGGAGGAAACAAAUGUCAGGAAACGCAAAUAUAAACAUGUAGAAGAGGAACCUUGUGUCACAAAAAAGAAAAUGAAAACUGAAAGCAUGUCAGAAGACAUGGAAACAGAAAACACCAAUGGCAAUGAAGAAACUCUUGGAAAAGGUAAAUUCAACUGGAAAGGAACCAUCAAAGCUGUUCUGAAACAGGCUCCAGACAAUGAAAUUUCAAUUAAAAAACUAAGAAAAAAGGUUAUAGCUCAGUACUAUGCAGUAGCUGGUGAACAUCACAAAUCAGAAGAGGAUAUUCUAAUCAUAUUUAAUAAGAAAGUGAACAAGAAUCCCAAAUUUAAAGUUUUAAAGGACAAAGUGAAACUCCUGAAAUAAGUUUUCAUCCUUUCCAUAAUGUUUGCAUUGCAGACUGAGUCAAAUCCUGCUGUCAAGUAGACAGACAUCAUAUAUUGGUCUCAAAUUGUUUGUGUAUGAGAGAACAGAAUUUAAGACUGGAUUCAUCUUCUUUUUCUAGAUCUACUGCAGAAUAUUUUAGGAGUGCUGCAUAUCUGUUUCAGAUAUUUUUUAAUUUUUAAGGAAAAUGUAUAUUUUUUGUACAAGUUUUAAGAGGCAUUGAAAAUAACAGGCAACAGCUAUAUUAAAAUUCUUCCAGGAAUGGAUGUUAUUUAUAGGCACGAAUGUUUAUCAGGACCAGGGUAGGAACUAUUUUAAGAGCAAUAGGAUUUUCAUAUUCAAAACGUCACCGUAGAAAAAUGUUUUGUUAUGAUACAGUUAAAAAAAUGGUAUGACUGAUAGUUCCUUUAUGCACUGUAGCUUUAAUAACCUCUUAAUUUUGUGCUGUGAAGUACAUAAUUACAAUGUCUGUAAGAUUUAUGUAUGUAAAAUUGCACAUUCAGUGAAUAUCUGAAAACUGUUACCUGUACGUGCAUAGCUACUUGGUGUUAUAAUUAGCACUACAACUGACUAAAUAAGUGAUGUCACUUAGACUAAAAAUUGACCAACAAAAUAAAUGACUGUAAAAUACCACCUUAAAUUUAUUAAAUCUUGUCAGUUUACGAUUGUACCAAAAAAAGAAACAAACCAACCCAGAAGAAAUCUGUGCAUGAAAUCCACAAACUAUAUAUAUAUAUUUUUGUAUUGCAGUCACUGAAAGAAUGUUAAAAGGGCAGAAAUCUUAAAAUACCUAAUUUGUAAAACUAGUGAAUAUAUUAGAAGUGCGAAAAUGUUAAAUGUCUGGGUCCAGUUUCUCUGAGUACAUAUUUGUCUUGUUUAUAAGAAAAAAUUACAAUGGAAGUCCAUAAUAAGUUUCUCUCUUCACUAAAUGGUUGUUUGCCAGUUCAUGAAAAUGGCUUUGGACGUAUGUGAAUAAAGUUUAUUUACAGCCCUGGGAAAA